AUGUCAUCACCAUCAGAAUUAACUCGCGAGUCAGGUGCAAAAGCUUUUGAUGGUCAUCAAUAUGUUUAUAACCACGAAAGUUCAACUGUUGGUUGUAAAAUGAAAUUUGGUGUUUAUGUUCCAGCAAAAGCUGAAAAAGAACGAGUACCUUUAUUAAUUUUUCUUUCCGGUUUAACUUGUACGGAACAAAAUUUCAUUACAAAAUCCGGUGUUCAACGUUUAGCCUCGGAAUAUGGUUUUAUUGUUGCUAAUCCGGAUACUAGUCCACGUGGUUGUAAAAUUGAAGGUGAUAGUGACAAUUGGGCUUUUGGUGAAGGUGCUGGAUAUUAUGUUGAUGCAACAGAAAGUAAAUGGUCAAAAAAUUAUCGAAUGUUUUCUUAUGUGAAUGAUGAAUUUUAUGGAUUACUUAUUAAAAAUUUUAAUGUUGAUCCAAAUCGAAUUGGAAUUUUCGGACAUAGUAUGGGUGGUCAUGGUGCUUUAGUUAGUUUUUUUAAACGUCCUGCGCAAUAUAAAUCGGUUUCAGCUUUUGCACCGAUUUGUAAUAUGUCGACUAGUGAAUGGGGUGUUGAUGCAUACAAGAAAUUUUUUGGUCAAGAUGAAAAUCUUUGGAAACAAUAUGAUGCAACUGAACUUGUUGCUUCAUACCACGGUCCAAAACCACAUGCACCUAUUUUAAUUGAUCAAGGUUCGGAUGAUAAUUUCUUAGCUAAAUAUUUACUUCCAAAACGAUUAAUUAAUGCUUGCGAGAAAGCUUCAUUUCCGAUAUAUUUUCGUGAACAAGCUGGCUAUGAUCAUAGUUAUUAUUUUAUAAUGACAUUUUUAGAAGAUCAUUUUAAAUACCAUAAAAAAGAAUUUGAAAAUUCAAAAUAA